CGCGCGCUUUCAAGAUGGCUGCGCGAGCAUCCGCAGGGAAGACGAUCGAGCGAAGCGUGUCACAAUCGUGCUCGGGUGCGUGCGAGACGGUGCGACGAUGAGCGAGCAUCGCCGGGAUGAUCUACCGUUCCCCGCUACCGUCACCGUCGCAGUCGGUGGCCGUGCUCUGUAAGGAUCGGUGCGUCGUGCGCGAGAUUCAGCCGUGCUAGGAGGAGAGUCUGGGACGACAACGACGCAAUGAUCGCUCUCGUGAGCGUGGGAUUCUCGCGGCACCGGGACUGGAAGUAAAGCGAGUUCCUCGCUCCCGAGCGCGCUGCUCGCCUCCUUGCUUAAACGCACAUCUCGGGCAUGUCACAGUGCGUUUGAGCCAAAAUGGCAGCCACGUUAACCGUCGAGCAGGAGCAAGCCACGAAGGAAUUUAUAGAAGCCGUGAAUAAGUGCAGAGCCGGAAGACGAGCCGGCCCAGUUUCCUGGAGCACGGCGGUGAAAUUCUUGGCGGCGCGGAAAUUCGAGGUCCAGCGUGCUUUAGCUCUGUACGAGCAGCACGAAGCCACCAGGAGAAGAGAGGGACUGGCAGUCUUGCAUCCUACUCAGGAACCUUUACUCAGCGAAUUACGCACAGGAAAAUUUACUGUUCUGCCAUCAAGAGACGCAACAGGUGCAGCAAUAGCUAUUUUUACAGCGCACUUACAUCUUCCACAAAACACGACACACCAAACAACCCUGCAGGGUGUGGUGUACCAAUUGGAUGCUGCUCUCGAAAGCGCGGAAACCCAGAAGCAUGGUCUAGUUUUUAUUUAUGAUAUGUCUGACAGCAAGUACCAGAAUUUUGACUACGACCUGUCUCAAAAAAUUCUGACACUUUUGAAGGGCGGUUAUCCGGCGAAACUAAAGAAGGUGUUGAUAGUAACGGCGCCGCUUUGGUUCAAAGCGCCCUUCAAGAUCCUCCGAUUGUUCGUUCGUGAAAAACUGAGGGACAGAGUGUUCACCGUGUCUAUCCCCCAGCUGACGUUACAUAUCCCCCGGGAAUCAUUGCCACAUCGUUUAGGCGGCACGUUGGAGGUACAGCAUGAAGCAUGGCUACUCCAUUGUCUUAAAUCCAUGACAAACCGAGGAGGGGGUGAACUGUGCGAGGUCACCCCGAGAGUGGGUACACCUGUCUCGCCCACGGCGAAGAAUCACACAGUUCUUCAGAAUCCCAAUGGGACUACGCACAGUAACUCGACUAGUCCUAUAAUCGAUAAGAACAAGGUGAAGAAUGGCGUGUCGAACAUCGGCGACAUCGAGAUCACCGCGAACGGCGAUGUCUGGAUGGGCACCGACGAGGCGCCCUCCCCGGUACAGCCUCCGUCCUCGGCGAGUUCCGGCUUCAGCGACGACGACAGCCUCCACGGGGAUCUCGGGCUUCAGGCUGUCACCAUGGAGCAGUUUAUAGCCGACAUACAUUCGAGAGGACGCGCUGGCCUCAUAGCGGAAUACGCGGAGAUUAGACAGAGACCGCCAGAUGGUCAAUUUAAUAAUGCAAAGUUAAAGUCUAACCAAUCAAAGAAUCGCUACACCGACGUGCUUUGCUACGACCACACCAGAGUCUGCCUCUCGCAAGUGGACGGGGACGCUACGUCCGAUUACAUAAACGCGAAUUUCGUCGACGGCUACAAGCAGAAGAAUGCGUUUAUCAGUACUCAGGGUCCUCUCCCGAAAACCUGCGGUGAUUUCUGGAGAAUGGUCUGGGAACAGCAGACGCUGGUCGUCGUCAUGACAACGAGAGUGGUAGAACGAGGCCGUACGAAGUGUGCGCAGUACUGGGGUCCAGAACCUGGCGAUGAUGUGCAAGCGGGUGGCUUCACCGUCACCACUCUCGAGGUCGAUACGAAUCCCGACUACACAAUAUCCAUGCUUCUCCUUACAAACAAUAAGACUGAUGAGACGCGAGAGGUUUGCCAUAUGCUGUACACAGCGUGGCCGGAUUAUGGUGUUCCUCAGUCAGCUAAGGCUUUAUUACAAUUCUUAUCGUUAGUGAGACAACAACAGAGCAAAUUGCUCGCGAGCAGAGGAGACACAUGGGCCGGGCAUCCUCGAGGACCACCUAUAGUUGUACAUUGCAGCGCCGGUAUCGGAAGGACAGGUACGUUUUGCACCUUGGAUAUUUGCAUAUCGCGGCUGGAGGACACCGGGACCGUGGACAUCAGAGGAACCGUCGAGAGGAUCAGAGCGCAGCGGGCCUACAGUAUUCAAAUGCCGGAUCAGUACGUGUUUUGCCAUCGCGCAUUGGCAGAGUACGCGCUUUCCAGGGGAAUGCUCAGUGCGCAGCACCUCGCCAUGUUACCUCCGCCGUUCGACGAGGAUUCCGAUUAGAGAGAAUACUGCGUGCUCCGCUAUCAUAAUACCGGAUUGAUGUUCUUCCCGAGUAUGCGUAUAUAGUAACCUCAAAUAGCCUAUUUCUUACCUUGAACGACUGAAAGUUAUUUUUUGCUAUCAUCCCGGUCGACGUGUAACGAUCGGGCUUCUCGCUGGUUUCCACGUCAGUCUCGAGAGAAUUUCCGAACGAAGUUAGAUUAGUUCUUUUCCAAGGCCAAAUGCGCGAGCCCGGAGGGUGGGGGGGAUUUCUCUUGCAUUUCUGUUGUUCUCGCAUCUUGCUCCGACGAAUCUUACACAAAGGCGCGCGCCGAUCAACGCAAAGAUAUGAGUCUCAUCUUUGGUAGCGAGAUUUAGAGAUCCGGCGUGAAAAGAGUUUUAUCGAUUCUCUACCUGAAACUCGACCAGAAAAUUGUAAAUUGAGAUUCGUAUCCGGGGCCUUAAAGUAGGAACCCGGCAAAAUGGGCAGCUGUUGAUCUGCCUGCCUUACGGAAAUAUGAAGUAAUCAGCAACGUAUAGAUAGAGAAGUUUUUUGGGUAACCAAAGAUUAUCCGCUUAUACGAGUUUAGAGGGAAAAAAAAGAAAAAAACUGGGAACUCGAGUGUGUAUGUGAAAUUCGGUUACUAACACGCGUGGCAAAUUCCGUUUUACAGGGAUUACUAAUCAGGGAUCAUACUGUAGACUAAAAUGACUUCCGAUUAAAAGUGACUAAAAGUAACGAAGCCUAAAGUGCGGGGCUUUAAAGAUUGAAUUAAGCCUUUACGUUAGUGAAAUACAAAACUUCCAAUUUGUCUGACAACUAUAUAUAAAUAAAUAUAUAUAUAUAUAUGUUUGUGUAUAUGUGUAUAUAUAUGUACACACACGCGCGUUGUGUGUGCACAUAUGUAUACGCGCUUCACUGCGGAAACUUAAUCGUAACGAUUAAAGGUCGUAUUACACUUGCAAGCAUCAAACGUUCGAGAACAUUUUAAAAUUUAGAUAUCGAUAAGACUUGAUAAUUAACACUCACACACACAUACACACACACACAUACACACAUAGUGACUAUGUAAAUUUUAACUUCAACGGAUAAUAUAUCGAUAAUAUGAUUGAACGAGAAAAGAUACGUAUAUCGCAGCGCGCAGAGUAAAAUCCAGAGGGCAGGUGUUGUAUACUCGCUGCGUGAUUGGAAAGUUAACGCGUUGUUUAAACCAUGGAUUAAUUUUAUAUGUAAUCGCGAAGUGAUGGGUAGUAAUCCUCGACGGUAAAGGUCUCACGUAUCGCGAGAUGUGUAUCUUUGGUUCUACGCGACGUUUAAUCCUAGUAAAACGGUCAAAAGUGAGAGAGAGAGAGAGAGAGAGAGAGAGAGAGAGAGAGAGAGAGAGAGAGA